GGCAGGACGGUUUGAAAGGUGCCUCAAAGGACACUCUCCAGAGAGGCAGCCGGAGUACCUCUUGUCUGGUAGGGGAGAAAAUGCUUAUUUUUUAAUGCUUUACAAGAAAAUGUACUUUCCUACCAACCUUAAGUUUCAAGAUUUACUCCUAAUUAGAGAGGAGAAGCCUGCUUCAACUUGGAGACACGGUAUCAAGUGAAUGGACUGCCAGCCACCACAAUGAAAGAAAUUAACCCAAGAAUAACCUUUGCGGAACUCCUGCCUCAACUGUCCCCAAGUGUUUCCUGACAUGCAUCUCUGCUCACAGCGAAUCACAAUUAAAGAAUGGGGCUCAACCUGACACUUGCAAAAUUACCAAAUAAUGAGCUGCACAGCCAGGAGAUUCACUCUGCAAACAGGACAAGCGAGGGACCUGGGAAGAACGCCACCCUUCACAAUGAAUUUGACACCAUCAUCCUGCCUGUGCUUUACCUUGUAAUAUUCGUGGCAAGCAUCUUGCUGAAUGGUCUGGCCGUGUGGAUUUUCUUCCACAUUCGGAAUAAAACCAGCUUCAUAUUUUAUCUCAAAAACAUAGUAGUGGCUGACCUCAUAAUGACGCUGACAUUCCCAUUCCGAAUAGUCCAUGAUGCGGGAUUUGGACCUUGGUACUUUGAGUUUAUCCUCUGCAGAUACACCUCAGUUUUGUUCUAUGCAAACAUGUACACAUCUAUCGUGUUUCUUGGGUUGAUUAGCGUCGAUCGCUAUCUAAAGGUGGUGAAGCCUUUCGGUGACUCUCGCAUGUAUAGCAUAACGUUUACCAAGGUCUUGUCAAUCUGUGUUUGGGUGAUCAUGGCUGUUCUAUCCUUGCCAAACAUCAUCCUAACUAAUGGCCAACCAACUAAGGAAAAUAUUCACGACUGCAUGAAACUCAAAAGUCCUUUGGGAGCCAAUUGGCACACGGCAGUCGUCUACGUCAACAGCUGCUUAUUCGUGGCUGUGCUAGUGAUUCUGAUUGGAUGUUACAUAGCCAUUUCCAGGUACAUCCACAAAUCCAGCAGGCAAUUCAUAAGUCAGUCAAGCCGAAAGCGAAAGCACAACCAGAGUAUCAGGGUGGUGGUGGCUGUGUUCUUCACCUGCUUCCUACCGUAUCACUUGUGCAGAAUUCCUUUUACAUUUAGUCACCUAGACAGGCUUCUGGAUGAAUCUGCACACAAAAUUCUCUAUUACUUCAAAGAAAUGACACUUUUUUUAUCUGCAUGCAAUGUGUGCCUGGAUCCAAUAAUUUAUUUUUUCAUGUGUAGGUCAUUUUCAAGAAGAUUAUUCAAGAAAUCAAAUAUAAGAACUAGGAGUGAAAGCAUCAGAUCACUGCAAAGUGUCAGAAGAUCAGAAGUGCGCAUUUAUUAUGACUACACUGAUGUGUAGGAGCUAGAGACCAGGCGGCCUUCGCUUACUGGAAUCACUGUACGAAAGUGUAAAUAAAUGUUUUCUUUUCAUCAUACU